AGGUGUGUGUGUUGCACAGUGCUGCAGGUGAAGGCUCGAGCGAAGCGGCUGUGAGCUCUGGAGCUUUGAUCUUUGCGUGUGUGAGGUGUUCCAACGAGGUGUUCUUCCUUUCUUUUAUUAUCUGGUGAAGGCAUCAUUCAUAAACCUUCAACAAGCUCCGGAUUUUACACCCAUCCUUCAAAAUGUUCCAGAAAAGGAAAACGAAGACCAGCUCGCCCUUUUCGUCCACGUCCAGUAAAAAGACGGAUCUGUCCACUCUGAUCGAAAAGCUGCAAAGGAAUGGCGAUAAGGUGGAAAAGAACAUCUUGGAGGUUGAGCAGAAUCUUAACAAGGAUGUGCUCAAGAUCAACGAAGGAAAGACACCGCUUUAUCAGGAGUCCAAUAACAGGUCAAUCGAGAACUCCCUGUUGUUGCUGAACAGUCUGAAUGAGGACGCGAUCGAAGCCAAGCGCCUGCAGCACCCGCAGGCUGAGAUGAUCGAGCAGGAUAUGAAGCAGCUACGUGAGCGCGUGAAGAAGCUGCGCAACGAUCACAACCAUAUUUACCACCUGACCCGAUCCGAAGGGGUUCCCAGUGUGAAUUGGGGAAAGCUCAUCGAUGAGAAAACAACAAAUCUCAACAACAAAGGAUUUGGACAAGACCUGCCCACCAUUGAGAACCAAGUGGAAGAGCACAACAUCUUUCACAGCGAAGUGGAGGCUUUGGCUCCCUACAUCAGUCAGGGAGACAAGGACUACGUUGAUGGCUUGCAGCUGAAAUACAACAAACUGCUGGCGAAUUCCACUGCUCGUCAGAAGAACCUGCUCAGUCUGAGAGACUACAUGCAGCGCUGCACCAACGAGCUGUACUGGCUGGACCAGCAGGCUGAAGAACGUGUCAUGUACGACUGGAGCGAUGCCAACCUCGACUACCCGGCUCGCAAGAGGCAGUACGAGAACUUCAUCAGUAAGUGUCUGGAAUCCAAGGAGGGGACGAUCACAAAACUAAGCGACGACGGUGAGAAACUCAUCGCCCAGGGACACCCGGGAAAGAACGUCAUCGAGGCGCACAUGGAUGCUGUGCAUGCAGACUGGAAGCUGUAUCUCAACCUGCUGAUCUGUGAGGAGAAUCACCUCAAGAACAUGGAUGAGUACCACAAGUUCCAAAAGGAGGCCAGAGACACUCAGGACCUGCUGAAGCGCCUGGAUACUGAAAUGAAUCAGAAGUACAACCCUGACUUUAAAGACCAGUACCAGUUGGAUGGCUUGCUCGUGGAUCUGAAUGACCAAGCGAAGGCCAUGGAUCACUUUGACGAACGAGUGAAAGCACUGCAGGACCGCAGCCUUCAGGUUCUGCCCCUGAAGUACCGCAGGAGCGCGGCGCAGAAGCUUCUCCCCAUCGAGGCGCUGUGUGACUUUGACGCAGAAGAGGGUCAGAUUCAGCGAGGGGGGCGCUACACGUUGCUCAGGAACAACGGAGACAAAUGGGACGUGAAAGACACGUCCGGUCGCACCAUGUCUGCCCCGGUCUGCUUCAUCAUCCCACCGACCGACUCGGACUCCGUCGCCAUCGCCGAAAACCUUGUGAGCCAGCAGAAGGCCAACAAGCAGAAGGUGGCGAGCAGCAAAGCGGCACUGCAGACCAGACUCACCGAUCUGAAGAAGGACAGCACAGGUGGACAAGAUAAACAGGAGCUGCAGUGCCGCCAGCUGAUGGCCGGAUUGGAUAAAGUGGUGAACGACCUAGAUAAGCAGGAGAAGGCCAUUUAUUCUCAAGUGCGCCCCCCUCUGGAGCAGAGCCGCCCUGUACAGGACAGCGCAGACAGGCUGCAGAACAUGAGGGACAUUGCCACCAUCGUUCGUAAGAUCGAGCCGGAGAAGUCCUCUAAAGUUCGUGAGGCUGAGACGUUCCUCAAAUCCAACCCCAAGUGUGCGAGCGCUCCUCAGCUCUCCUCCAAGGUCGACACCACACUCAACAAAUACAACAAGGUGGAGCAGCUGCUGAAGUGUACGGAUGACAAACUUCAGAACUCCAACAAGCUGGAGAGCUCGAUACAGAACUGCAAAAGCCUGCUGACGCCGUACGAAAACCGUCUGGCCAGAGAAGAGAUCGCUCCCUCUGACUCGACCUCGCUGGAUAAGGCUCUGCGUGAGCUCACUGACAUGAACACCGAGCUGAGGGCGAAGAAAUCCAUCUUCCCUGAAAUGGAGAAUAAUCUGAGGAGCUCGAAACUCAGCUGCGAUAACAUGGUGAACCGGGUGCAGGAGCACUGCCCUGACAUCGACCGCCAGGAGGCUGACGUUCAAAAACUUUCCAAACGUUACGAUAACCUUCUCAGGCAGAUCGACACCAGAUCACAGAGUCUGCAAAAAUCCAAAACCUCCUACAGCAAUUACCGUAAUGAUUACGACAACUUGAACAGCUGGCUGUCCCGUGUGCCGAACUACGAGCCGCACGAGACCGACACGAUCCAGCAGGUGGAAGGGAAACUGAAAAACCAAAGAAAUCUGCUCUCUGACGUCGCGAGGAAGGAAUCGGAUCUGAACAACAUCUCGCACAAUGCACAGCUUUACCAACAAGCCGUCAAGGAUUAUGAAAACGAAGCUGAGAGGUUCAGGUCCAUUCUCGACCUUGAAGACGGCCUGGUCUCCCAAACGUACAAGAGGAGCCGACUGGAAUCUCCUGCACUGAAAGUCAAAGCUGAGGAAGCAGCCAUCGAGGCCAAAUUCACGGAGGUCAGCGCUGUGAACAAACAACGUCUACAGAACCUUGAGUUUGCGCAAAGUCUGCUCAAUCAGCAAGCGGAGGUGCAAGUCAUCCAGCAGAACGUCCAGUCCGUGAAAUCUUCUCCCUCAGGAGAUGAAUCCUGGAGAAUUAAGAAUCAGCUGGAAGAGGAGAUUCUGAGAAGGCAGCAGCUUGAAAAGGAAAUCAAAACUAUUCAGACGGACAUCUAUGUGAUGGAAGGACAAAAACCACAAGACACCAUUGUCAAGAAAGAGCUGAUCAAGAAGGUCCCUGAUCCUCAGCUGGAUGAAGAGAUGAGCAAAGUCCAGCAAAGGCUGUCGGAUGAACGCAGGACCACUCGCAUCCUCGAGGGCGAACUGGACACUUUGCGUGUGAAGCUGCGUGGCAUCGAGACAGAAAUGAAGGAAGGUGCUCAGCAGUACACGGUUAAAGAGGUGCUACGCAUCGAAAGGGAUCGCGGACAAGAGGAGGAAGUACGGAGACUAAGAGAAGAGCUGGAGGAACUGAAGAGAAAAAAGCUGGUAAAGGACAACGAUGUCAUUCAGAUCCAGAAGCAGAUCACCAUCCUGGCUGCUGAGAAAAACAAGGAGCAGGAAGUCAUCAAGGAGGAAGAGGUCAUCAAGGUCCGAAAUGAUCCUCAGCUCGAGAGUGAGUACACGAUGCUUAUUGACAGAAAGCAGAAAGAAAUCAACAACCGCAAACAGCUGGAAGACGAGCUUCGAUUCCUGCAAGAAAAACUCAAGCGUCUGGAGAAGGAAAAGUCCAUGGCUGAGGAGAAGAUCUCCAUCAGAGAGGUUCUCACGGUUGAAAAAGAUAUCGCUUUGGAGAGAGAGGUUGAGGGCCUGAGACGGCAGCUUGAGGAAGAAAAGUCCAAGCGUUUAUCUAUUCAGAGGGAAAGGACCGACAUUCAGAGAAAGAUCACAAGCCUGGAGGAGGAAAAGUCCAAGGUCAUCAUUCAGGAGAAAGUGCGUGAGAUUGUCAGGCCUGAUCCCAAGGCGGAGGCCGAGGUCGCCAAUCUCAGACUUGAACUCAUCGAAGCACAGAGGAGAACCAGAGAUACUGAGCUCCACUUGAAGUCUACUCAGGAUGAGCUGUUGGUGCUGCGAAAUAGAGGCCCACAAGUCGAAAUCAAAGAAAUCAUCAAGGAGGUCAUCAAGUACAAGAUCGAUCCCGAAACCGAAAGAGAGCUGGAAAAACUCCGGAACGAAAUCGUCGACAAGACGCACAUGAUCGAGAAAUUCGAAUUGGAGAUGGUUCAACUAAGGGAGGAGAUUCAAAGAUGGAGAGACACCAAACCCCAGGUGCAGACCAAAGAGGUGGUGAAUGAGGUCAUUCAGUACAGAGAGGACCCUAAAACCAAAGAAGAAAUCGAGACGCUCAAGAAGAGGCUGGCUGAGGAACAGAGGAAGCGCUUGGAUCUCGAGAGAGAGCGAGUUUCCAAUGAAGAGAGGAUCAGGCUCAAGAAGAUCGACUUGUCACAGGUCAGGGAGAAGGUCGUGCAGCAAGAAGUGGUGAAGAUGGAAGAAGACCCUGUGCUGAAAUCUGAAUGCGUGACCUUCACUCAGAACAUCAGUAACGAGUUGAAACAAAGAGAAAGCCUGAAAGACGAGUUGGCCAGGCUGCAGCGUAAGAAGGCUGACCUGGAACUCCAGCUGGAGGAGCUCGAACGUGAACGCCGGUCCAGACGCGAAGCCGAGCUUGAAAUUCAGCGGUUGAGGGUCCGUCUUAAUGAGCUUGAAAUUAGGGACAAGGAAAACAGAGAGAAGGUUACAGUCAAACAGAAGGUCGUCUUGCAGCAAGAUCCACAGCAGGAGAAAGAGCACUCUAUCUUACGCCUUCAGGUCGAGGAAGAGAGACACAAACGUUUGCUUCUGGAGAAAGAGUACAACGCUCUGCUGCAGCAACAACAAACGCUGGAGAGGAUGGAGGUCCGGGAGAAAGUCAUUUGCACCGAGAAGGUCCAAGUCGAGAGGGAUCCAGAUGCCGAGCUUGAGAUUGAGAAGCUGAAAAAGAGCCUCGAAGAGGAAACUAAACGCCGGCAAGAGCUGGACAUCGAGCUCAGCAGCGUCACCAGCAGGCUGAACGAAAUGGAAUUCACGAACACAAAGUCGUACAAGGAGCUCGACCACAUCCGCGACGAGGGCAGCAGGCUCCUCCAGGAGAACCAGCGUCUGCAGAACGAGAUCAGAAAGCUCCAAUCCGAAAUCCACAUCACCUCGAAGGAAACCAGGCAAAUCACAGAGUCCAGCCCGGUGGACAACAGCAAGAACCUGGAGAUCCGGCUAGCGGCGUUGCAGAAAGAGCUCCUAGAACUGAGACGCAUCACGACCGAGAAAGAUGAGGAAAUCGAAAAGCUACAGAAGGGCCUGUCGGCCGUGAGGGUGAAGAGAGAGCAGAGGGAGAGCCACCUCCGGCGGUCGAUCGUUGUCAUCGACCCGGACACGGGCAAAGAGAUGAGACCAGAGGAGGCGUUCAAACUGGGGCUGAUCGACUGGAAGAUGUUCGUCAACCUCCAGAGUCAAGAAUGCGACUGGGAGGAGAUCACCGUCAAGGGGCCAAGCGGAGAGUCGUCCGUUCUUCACGACAGAAAAUCGGGCAAGAAGUUCUCCAUUGAAGAUGCCCUGCGCUCCGGGAACAUCACCAAACGCCAGCUUCAGCAGUACCAGAACAAAGAAAUCAGCAUCCAGGAGUUCGGUAUCCUGGUUUCCGGGAAGACCCACUAAGAAAUCGGUUUGUUUUUAUGUUUCGGUGCUUUACUUGAUGACGAGCUAAUGGUUUUAUUAUUAUUUUUUUCCUCCUUUCAGCCUUUCAGAGUCUUUAGGGCUUUCUUAACGCACUGUGUAUUUAUUUGCAUGUUUCCUGGGAUAAAAGGAAGAAAUAUUACCUUAAAAAUGUCUUCCUCUUGAUGGGUAGAUUUAUUCUCAUAUAGCAGGGUGAAAGUUAUCUGACUACAGGCUGCUCGGUUUCACAUAUACCAGAAAUAUUUGCGCUAUAAUUCUCACAGUUAACUCCAUAGUGUUUCGAAAAUAAAAAUAAAAGAUUUUUUUUGGGAAACCAGA